CGGCGGCACGGCACGGCUCGGCACGGCUCGGCAGGACGCGCCCCGCCGCCGAUAUGGUGUCCCCCGUCACCGUGGUGAAGAGUGAAGGCCCCAAACUUGUGCCCUUCUUUAAAGCAACUUGUGUCUAUUUUGUCCUCUGGCUGCCAACUUCCAGCCCUUCCUGGUUCAGUGCCCUCAUCAAAUGUUUGCCCAUCUUCUGCCUGUGGGUUUUCCUUCUGGCUCAUGGAAUUAAUUUUUUAGUGGCACAUCGGAGCGCCAGCCGCAUCCUAGCAGGACUGAUAUUCUCAGCAGUGGGAGAUGCCUUCCUCAUCUGGCAGGAGCAGGGCUACUUCAUUCAUGGUCUGCUGAUGUUCGCCAUCACACACAUCCUGUACUCCUCAGCCUUUGGCAUGAAGCCUUUGGACCUGAAAGCCGGCUUGAUGAUGGGCCUCAUUUCCAGCUCCUGUUAUGCCUUCCUGUACUCCUACCUCUCGGGCCCAUUCACCUACCUGGUAGCUGUCUACAUCGCCUUGAUUGGCUUCAUGGGCUGGCGAGCGGUCGCUGGCAUGCAGCUGUGCAAUGACCUCUGGACGUGGACCAAGCUCUCGGCCUGCAUUGGAGCAAUGCUUUUCAUGGUGUCAGAUCUGACCAUCGCAGUUAACAAGUUCUGCUUUCCCGUACCCUACUCGCGUGUUAUCAUCAUGGCUACUUACUAUGCAGCUCAAAUGCUUAUUGCACUGUCAGCUGUAGAGAGCAGAGAUGAAGAGGACUUCAAAAAGAGGAGCUAGGUGGAGUGCCGACAGUCUGUGAACAGUAUGGGUUAUAUCUCAGGUGCUGUAGCUGCAUUCACCCCUGAGAGAGAUCUCCAUUUCUCUAGGCAUAUUGGUGAUGUUGAUUUUGCUUCUUUGAAGCAUUACCCUUAGGGCUUUAUUUUCAAUGGCUUUCUCUGAAUAUAGCUUACUUCAGUGUGGAGUCCAUGUCAGAAGGCUUAAGAUUGUUCCUGCAGUAGCUGCUCAUCCAGUUUUUCCACCUUGGAAGUGCUGUACUACUGCACUUUAUUUGUUAGUCUUGAAACUGAUGCUGAAUGUCUGGGAAUAGGAGGUGCAAUGGACAAGUUUGGCCACACACUGUGCUAGGAGGCUUGCUUUCAAUUGUAGGCAGACAUGCACAGACUCUGCUAAAGCCAUAGGUAAAAAUGAGUUUAACCAGUGUUUAAGUUAGCCUGUUCUUGUGCAUUACAAAUUCAAUACACAAACUGGAGCUAUUUGAGCCUCUGCUGAAAGGAAGCCUGUAGCUAUAGUAAAAACAUCACAUUCAGAUGAGAGCUGAGCUUUGGAGUCAACAGCAGCAUGUUGGGCAGCCCCUAGCAGAACCUGAAUGAGAGCCAAACACCGAGCAGAGAGCCCAGCAUGAGGUACACAGAGAUGAAGUGCUUGUAUGCCUCGAUAGCUGCUGAUCAAAGCUCUAGAGCAAGUCUAUGGACAGCUGCCAGCAUUGCCACGUGCAGCAGAAAUUGUAGCUUGGUGGGCUUUUAGGGUCAUCCAGGUAGACAAACCAGUGCAUUCUCCUCUGCUACAUUUGUACAAUCACACAGUGUCAGCAGCCAUCAGUGACAGCAUGGGCACACAAGGAUCUUUGGUUUCUGUAGCAGGAGUUGGAGGGUGUAUGUUACUAACGUGUGUCCUAUUUGUCUGUGGAACAGCAGAUAGGAAUCUAGCAUUUACAGCUUUCUUUCUCAGUAUUCUAACAAAUAACAUUCCAUAUACUCAUGAAACUUUCCUGUCCUGCUGCUUGCAGCGCCUUUUCUGAACGUGUGAGCAUUUCCCAUGUCUGAACUGGUUAGUCGGGGCCCUGAUUUUGACUGUAGAUCGUUGUCAUGUUUUGCCAGCUGGUGGCAGACGUUCAGCUUUGCAGCACUUGUGUUUGGAGACCCCUUUUUUAGCAGAGCAUCCUGAAAAGCACAGUUCUCUGUGUUCAAAGUGCCUGCUGCUUCCUUCUUGAACUCACAGCAGGAAAGCGGGAAAGCCUGUUUAAUUCUGACCCAAAUUCUUUUCUUGGUUUUUCUGCCCAUCUGCUGAAGCAAGAUUACUUCUGACUUCACUCUCUUAAAAAGAUGAGAAAGACGUUGCCCUGUUUUGUUGUUUUUUUUUUUUUUU